AUGGGUAGAGAUAGUUUAGUUGAAGCCACCGCUAAGAUUCCAGUGAAUAUAGCUCAAGUGUCAGAACUCUUAGUGUAUGAUCAGAGUGCAGAAGUAGUUAAAAGUCAUGGUUUACCGACAUUCAUAGGGCAUCGUCCUCCAAAGUUUGAAGAAGAAUUUGACUCGGAAAGAGCCUGGAAAUGGAUUGCAGAUGUGGAACGAGUCUUUAGUUCAAUGGAUUGCCAAGAAGAACAUAAAGUGGACUAUGCUACGUUUAUGUUGAUUGGAAAGGUAGAAGAUUGGUGGAAAAUCACAAGCGACAUCUUAUCAAAGGAAGGUAGAUUCGUCACUUGGGAUACAUUUAAGACAAGUUUUUUGGAGAAUCAUUUUCCAGGAGAUCUGAAGAAACAAGAGGAAAGGGAAGUCCUUAGAUUAAAGCAGGGAGAGAUGUUAGUCAAAAAGUAUGCUGUAAAAUUUCAUGAGCUGAUGAAAUAUUGGAUUUAUUUUCAGCAAAAGAACGACGACAAAGAUUGGUGUAAUCAAUUUGAGAAUGGACUAAGGAGUGACCUUCGUAAAGUAGUUAGUAUCUUUCAACUAAUGGAUUUACCAACAUUAGUGAGUAAGUGUAUAAUGUUAGAAGAUAGUUUGAAAGGGGAGUUAGUGAAUGAUAAAACUGGAGGGUUAUUGAGACAAGAAAAGAAGGUUAAUAGAUUUUCAAGAGACCUGCUCAAAAACCACUAG